AUGGCGGCAGAUGAAGUGUUGACUCUCUCAACCAGCGACCAUUUGGUUAAUGUCAUUGAAAACUCUGGGCGUGAACGGGAUACUAGUGUGGAACUGGGAGAUAGGGCCUUUGUCUAUGGGCCAGAUUUACUCAAUGGAGAAAAAGGUGCUCGUAAGGAGAUGGACAAUUAUUUAUGGCACCUCAUUGGGGAGCACAGGGUUAGUCUCAUUGGUUUGCCUGAGACUAAAAGGGAGCUUGUUUGUAGAAAAGACAUUUUACAGAAUUGCUGUGAGGGAUUGGGAAUUUGUUUUUCAACCGACUACUGGCAGAGCCGGAGUAAGAACAAAUUUAAGGAGCUUACUCAACUGAAGGAAGAUCUGUACAAAGAGAUUAAGGUUUUACAGGAACUAGAGUGUUUGUUGUUGGGAUUGACUGAUGCCCAGAUGGAAUCCCUGCGGUAUAAGGUUCAGUUGCUAAAUGGCACUCUCGCUCGUCUUACGACAUGGUGGAGGCAGCGCGCUAAGGUAAAGUGGAUUGAGGAAGGUGACAGUAAUUCUCAUUUUUUUCACUCUAUGGCUUCAGCUAGGAGGAGAGCCAAGAGCAUUGGUUCCAUUAGACAAGUGGAUGGGACGGUGGUGUCUGAACAAAGGGACAUUGCCAAGACUAUCUUCAGGAUGCUCGACGCGGAAGUUACCAAGGAGGAAAUAUGGGCUGUUAUUAGCUCUCUGGGCCGAAAUAAAGCUCCUGGGAGAGAUGGGAUCACGGCCUCGUUCUUCAAGUUUUAUUGGGAUAUUGUUGGAGUGUAG